UGUAGAGUGGGCUUUAAGACAUGAUGGUGAUCCACGUGUAUCAAAGUUUACCAAGGUUUAAUUUAAAAGGAAUGUAUAUUUGAUUUACUAAUAUUUACUCUUCUUCAAGAUGACAAGUAAUUGGGAUUUAAUAAAAACUAUCGAUGAUGAUGAGGAAGUGUCACAUUACUCUGAAACUUCAGAUGAGGAAGACGAUUUCCAGCCACGAAAGCAAAAGAAACCGUGUACAGACUUUAACAGCAGUUUUGAAUUUGAAGACAGUGGCUCAGAGUACAAUGAAGAUCCUUGGAAUGAUUUGGGCAAAUAUAUUAAACGGAAAGCAAACAUGAAAUUAGAUGAUAAAAUAGAAAAAGCCAAGCAACGUCAUGGUAGCCAGAAUGAAACGGAGAAUGAUCCUAUUAAGAUAGAGCUUGAAACAGCUCAGGACGAUGAUGUCAUGUCUCUAUCAGAGGAUGAACUUAAAAAAGAUAUCAUUAAAACCAAGGAAAAAAAAGAUAAAAAGGAAAAGACUGCCAGAGAAAAGGAUGAGGAAACAAUUGAUUUCGAAGAAUAUACGGAAAAUCAAACCUAUGAUUCAUUUCAUCAAAUGAACUUGUCCAGACCUUUUUUAAAGGCUCUGAUGAAAAUGAAUUUCGCACAACCAACUCCCAUACAAACGGCUACUAUUCCUGUAGCUUUGAUGGGUCGUGAUAUUUGUGGCUGUGCGGCAACGGGUACUGGCAAGACGGCAGCUUACAUGAUUCCCACUUUGGAGAGAUUGUUGUACAAACCGGUCGGUCCUGCCGUUUCGCGAGUUCUCGUACUCGUGCCCACUAGAGAGUUGGGAGUGCAAGUUUAUCAAGUGACAAAACAGUUAGCACAAUUUACAACAAUAAAAGUUGGUUUAUCUGUGGGUGGUUUAGACGCGAAAGUACAGGAAAAUGUAUUAGAGAAAAAACCAGACAUUGUAAUAGCAACACCUGGCAGAUUAAUCGAUCACUUAAAAAAUUCAUCGACUUUCUCAUUGCUCAGGAUAGAAAUAUUAAUUUUAGAUGAAGCUGAUAGAAUGUUGGAUGAGUACUUCGCUGACCAAGUGAAAUACAUUGUGCAACAGUGUUCGAAGAACAGGCAAACAAUGUUGUUCUCUGCUACUAUGACUGAGGAAGUCAAGGAUUUAGCCACGGUAUCCCUCGACAAACCUAUUAAAAUGUUUGUAAAUAGCAAUCAAGAUGUAGCCUUCAACUUGCGUCAGGAAUUUAUUCGCAUACGUAAGAAAAGAGAAAGAGACCGUGAAGCAAUUUUAGCAGCGUUAGUUUGUCGAACUUUCCACGAUCGCACCAUAGUUUUUGUACAGACGAAAAAACAAGCUCACAGGUUGCACAUUUUAUUGGGACUAUUGGGUGUGAAAGCUGGAGAACUUCAUGGAAAUCUUACACAGUCGCAACGACUGGAAAGUCUGCGGCGAUUUAAGGAUGAAGAGAUUAAUGUAUUAUUAGCAACAGAUGUUGCAGCGCGCGGCUUAGACAUCAGCGGUAUCAAGACGGUGAUUAAUUUCAUGAUGCCACCAAGCCUGCAGCAUUAUAUACACCGAGUCGGGAGAACUGCACGAGCGGGACGUUCAGGCGUUUCCGUAUCCUUGGUCGGGGAACAGGAACGUUCUUUGGUAAAAGAUGUUAUCAAGGAAGCAAAGAAUCCUGUCAAAAAGAGAAUAAUACCGCCCGAUAUAAUAGAGAAAUACAAUAAAAAAAUACAAUCCCUGGAGCCGAACGUAGAACUAAUUCUGGAAGAAGAGAGAAGCGAGAAGAAAUUGACUGAAGUAGAGAAUCAAGUUAAUCGUGCUGAAAAGAUACUUAAAGAUGAAGAUGACAAGGAUGAGAGAACUGCCUUCCCCCAAACCAAAAAGGAGAACAAGAAAGAGAAAGAAAACCUGCAAUUAACUCAGAAACAAGUUGACAAAAAUAAGAAACAAGAAAAAGUGAAGGGAAGAAAAAAAAAGGAGAAUGCACAAGACGAAUCUAUGAAGGCGGAAGACAAAAAAUUAGAAAAGCUAACUGCAUGGCAAGCACGAUUAUGUAAAAAAAACAUGAAACCGAAGAAACUUUAUGCUGUAGACGAGAAUGAUUACGCUAAUAAACAAGGAUCGUCAAAAAGAAAACGGUCAUUGAAAAGAAAACGGUCAGCGUUCGACGUAGAUUUGACGAGUAAAAGAGAAAUCAAAAGAACGCGAUACGAGGCAAACAUCAAGAAGAAACAAAAUAAUCUUAAAACGCAGAAAAAGAAAUUUGCAGCGGGAAAGGGCCAGAAGAAAUCCUUUAAAAGACGUUAACUUAGUGAUACAAAAUGACACAUAAUGGUACAUAAAUUAUGUACAGCUAUUAAAUAUAUGCCAUUUUUUACUUG